AUGGAUUCGUUUUGUAUAUCUUUCCGCGUACAUAGAUGUUGUUUCUUAAUUAGCAGCACAUAUGCUUUGAGUCUAACUCCAGUAGCAAUGUCUGUGGAGGAAUUGAUACCACCAAAUAAUCCCCACUUUCAGUUCUACUCCAUCCUCAUCAGAACGGCGCUAGUCGUUUCUACACUGCUUGUUGGUCUUUCGGUUCCCUUUUUCGGUUUGGUAAUGUCAUUAAUUGGGUCUAUGCUCACAAUGUUUGUUUCUCUUAUUCUACCGUCUGCUUGUUUCCUAAGCAUCAAGCGUGGCAGAGUCACGCGUUCUCAGGUAGCACUUUGUGUUGCAGUGAUUGUAGCAGGCCUUGUAUCAUCUGCGCUUGGAUCAUACUCAGCAAUGUCGGAGAUUAUUAAAGAAUUGUUAGCGUGA